CUGUUGAGUAACCCAGAUUGGACCCGUUUGUUUUCACUGCCAAUAAGAGAUUUCUGAACAUCGUUAACGGGCGUUUUGCAGAAAUAGACGAAGAUUAAGGACUAAAACGGUUGAUUUGUGAGAUACAUCCUUGCUCCAGACGCCUUGGGAGAUACAUUACCUGUUAUAUGUGGUGUUUAUUUGUUGUUAUAGCAAAGCUGAACUGACUUUAGCAGUUAGCGUUAAUGCUAAUGCUAACAGCUGGCUUAAAAACAUCUGAAACUGUAUUUAAUGCACUUUGACCUUUUUUUUGGGGGGGGGGGGUAUUUAUAAUGUCAUGUCUAAAUAACGUGUUGUAAGCGUUUUAGCUAGCUAGCUACAUGGCUGCUGAUAUAUCUUUAAAUCAUAAAGUAAAUCAUUAAUGUUAAAUCUAGAAGCUAGCUAAUCGAGUGUAAUCAAGUGAGAGUUUGUUUAUAUCGAAAGCAUUUCGGGUGAUAACAAGCCUCACGGUUUUUUUUUUUUUUGUUUGUUUGUUUUUUUCGAAGAUAUUUUUUUAUUUGUACACCUUGUUGUUGUUGUUCGUUCGAAUCCCUGACGCGCGAUGAUUACGUCAUAGACCUCAUCACGUCUUCGUCUUGGCUGUGAAAACUCCCAUGACCUCUCAGACAGAUGCAGCAUGGCCAGCUGCUGGAAACCCAAACACUCGUUUCUGAGAUUCUGCUUGUUAUUUGUGUUGACGGUUGAGGCUACAAACAGCUCAGUGGAGGUGCAGCAGAAAGACGGAGAGUUUGAGACGAGAAACACGGACAAUGUGGACAGUAACCUGCAGAUCAUCUAUUCGUUCAACCACACUGUCACUCGCAAUAAGACAGAGGGGGUGCGUGUGUCAGUGGAGCUGCUGUCAGUGAACACUACGAGUCCCGUGUUGUUUGUAGUGAGGCAGAAACAGGCCGUGCUCUCCUUCCAAGUCCCACUCAUCCUACGAGGCCUGUACCAGAGGAAGUACCAAUACACACAAGUGAGCCGAACUCUGUGUCAGCCCCCAACGCUCGCCUCCUCUGAGACCCAGUCCUUCUACGUAGACGUUUCCACUCUGUCCCCCUCCAAGGUCCAGUACCAGCUGCAGGUCAGCCGAGUGGAAAGCUUCAGGCUGCAGACAAACAAGUUGUUCAGCUUCAAUGCAACUCCAUCUCAACCCCAGUUUUUUAAGUACAGGUUUCCUGAUGGAGUGGACACGGUCAUCGUGAAAGUAAACUCGGAGAAGAACUUCCCCUGCUCCGUCAUGUCUGUUCAGGACAUCCAGUGUCCGGUGUUUGACCUGGACAACAAUGUGGCUUUCAUUGGGAUGUACCAGACCAUGACUAAGAAAGCUGCCAUUACAGUACAGAGGAAGGACUUUCCCAGUAACAGCUUCUAUGUGGUGAUCGUGGUGAAGACGGAGGACGAGGCGUGCGGCGGGCCGCUCAGGUUUUACCCCCUUUUACCCGAUGAACUGUUGGAUGCUGGGAACCGAAGCAAAACUCUGGACGUGGUCGUUUAUCCUGCCAUCGACUCCGAGGUGUACGUUAUGGGAAUGCUGUUCGGUCUCGGUAUCUUCCUGUUCUUCUACGUACUGACCUUCAUGUUGGCCUGCUUUGAAAACAAGAGAAUGCUCAAAAAGAGGGAGGGGCUUCUGAAGCCAGCUGACAUGUCGCCGGCAGAGACAGCCUCUCUCUUGGGAAAAGCUCCGGCCUCUCCUUAUGAAUACGGUUCAUUCGCUGAUAACACCAGCACAGUGAGCUCAGGACCUGUGACAGACAGUUUGACCUCCACUGACGCUAACUAUGGAUACUUGGGACAGGAGGCUUUCAAGCGUCGACCAAUCAGCACACACCACAUAGUCGUCCGCUUUGAGCGCUCACUGGACACAGUGGUUCGUGGCAGACAGGAGUCUCUGAGUUCAGUGGAAGAGGAUGACUAUGACACACUGGCCGAUAUAGACUCGGACAAGAACAUAAUCCGCACCAAGAAGUACCUGUGUGUCUCUGAUCUGGCUCGGAAAGACAAGCGCGUGCUGAGCAAGAAGUACCAGAUUUACUUCUGGAACAUUUCCACCAUUGCUGUGUUUUACGCUCUGCCUGUGAUCCAGCUAGUCAUCACAUAUCAGACGGUCGUUAACGUGACAGGAAAUCAAGAUAUCUGUUACUACAACUUCCUGUGUGCGCAUCCUCUAGGUGCUCUGAGCUCGUUCAACAACAUCCUAAGUAACCUUGGUUACGUGAUGCUCGGCCUGCUGUUCCUGCUCAUCGUGCUGCAGAGGGAUGUCGUGCACAAGCGUGCACUCAUGCGCAACGACAUAACUGCUCUGGAGUGUGGCAUUCCUAAGCACUUUGGUCUGUUCUACGCCAUGGGUACAGCUCUGAUGAUGGAGGGGUUGCUGAGUGCUUGUUACCACGUCUGCCCCAACUAUACCAACUUCCAGUUUGACACAUCAUUUAUGUACAUGAUCGCCGGCUUGUGCAUGCUGAAGCUGUAUCAGAAGAGACACCCGGACAUCAACGCCAGCGCCUACAGCGCCUACGCCUGUCUCGCUGCCGUCAUCUUCUUCUCCGUGCUCGGCGUAGUGUUUGGGAAAGGCAACACAGUCUUCUGGAUCGUCUUCUCGGUGCUGCACAUUGUGUUCACUCUGUUGCUCAGCACUCAACUCUACUACAUGGGCCGCUGGAGGCUGGAUAGAGGGAUCUUGCGCAGGAUCCUUCAUGUGAUCUACACAGACUGUAUUCGCCAGUGUAGUGGACCCAUGUACAUAGAUCGGAUGGUGCUACUUGUGAUGGGCAACAUCGUGAACUGGUCUCUGGCUGCAUAUGGUCUGAUUAAAAAGCCAAAUGAUUUUGCUUCGUACCUGCUGGCCAUCGCCAUCUGUAACCUACUGCUUUACUUUGCCUUCUACAUCAUCAUGAAGCUGCGGAGUGGUGAACGGAUCCAGUGUUUGCCGUUGGUGUGUAUUCUCUUCACAGCUGUAGUUUGGGGCUUCGCUCUUUUCUUUUUCUUUCAGGGAUUAAGCACCUGGCAGAAAACGCCGGCAGAGUCCCGCGAGCACAACCGCGACUGCAUUCUCCUCUCAUUCUUCGAUGAUCAUGACAUUUGGCACUUCCUGUCCUCCAUUGCCAUGUUCGGCUCCUUCCUGGUUCUGCUGACGAUGGACGACGACUUGAACACUGUUCAGCGAGACAAAAUCUACGUCUUCUAGCACUUUCUUGAGUAAUCAUAGAAAUGUAUGUUCUUCGCCUGGUUACAGGUGUUAAACAGGUGGGGGCGGGGCUCCAGAUCAUACAUUGAUGCUGAUAGGACACUGAGGGUGCCACUCAAAUCCGCCAAGGUUCAAGCAAACCUCAGAGCAGAGGGAAGAAACCUGCCAAGCAAACAGCAAUGCAUUUACACACCACUGGUGUUUUCACAUGUGUACGUGUGUGUGUGUGUGUGUGUACGUGUGUGUGUGUGUCCUGUCAACCUGUGGCCUUCGUUGUUUCUGGUCUUUGGUCCUAUGGGAUGGAAUGUAGCUCACUGUAAUUACUGACUACUCUUUUUCUAAAGAUGAUGAUGAUGAUGAUGAAGGGUUAUGAAAUGAAUCUACUUUGUAAUGUCUGUAACAAAGAAACGAUUUUAAUGACAGACAGUUGCUGAAUAAAGUAUUUGUAAGUUUUUCAA